AUAUGUGUACUCAAUUAAACCCAAACCGAAACCCACAGAGUUCAAAAAGUAUUAGGCAAUGCUGUCUGCAUAAUAAAGCAAAGCAGGAAAUAAUCAAAACACAGUCGGUGCAAUCAGUUAAAAAGAAUACAAAUUCUGCAUUCAUUUUUGGUUCCAAAAAAUGUUUUCCAUUUCAGGAAAUUUUGAAACAAUUUAUAUAUUCAUAUUUUGAUUUAUUGUUUUCAAUUUGUGGCUAUUGAGAAAUUCAGUGUGAAAUAUUUGCUUGCUCUUUCAGCUGCUAAAGGUACGAAAUAAAAACUAUAAAAACUAUAAAAUAAGCAGACUACAAUAGACACGAAUGUGGCCAUAAAAUGACAAAGGGAAAACAAAAUAUUAAAAAACAAAAGAAUCAAUGUUUAACAUAUUGUGUAUGAGGCAUGUAUUGUACAGCAACCAAAGCAGCAGCAGACCUAGAAAAUUAUAAACAAAAUUUACGAAUUAGUGUGUAUGUAUUCUAUAUGUGCAGAAAUAAAAUGAAAUUCAGAAAAAAAGCAUCUUGGAACUAAUUUACAACUGGAGAAAAAACACACAAAAAAAAAAAAAAGUUGAUGCUCCCGUCUUUUUGUCUCUGCAUUGAUCAUUCAUACGAUUUCUGACGUCUAACUUAUUUAUUAUUUUCAUUUCAGGCUGAGAAGUUUAUCAUAAUUUCCGUAAUUUUUUAAACUUUACUAUGUGUCCAUUUGCAGGUGCGUAUAACCGACAUUUAUUUAUUUCAAAACAUCAUUAGAGAACGUAAAUUGUAUGGCAUUUUUGGUUUUAUCAUCAUUUGAGAAAAUGUAAUCGAGCUCCGUAAGAUACCGUAAGUUGCAGUGGAAAAUUUUAUACCAUUUUUACAAUAUCUUCCAAUGACAGCAGCGUGGCAUUUUCAUCUCUUCUCUUACUUGGACGACCAUUGGGUCCGUCCCCUGCCAUGGCCUUUUCCAACGCUGCUUUCUCCGCUUUUCUAGUCCGCUCACCUCCUCGUCCUCUCGGGGGGUCCAAGGGAUGCUCUCUUCGCUGGACUGUGGCCACCACUGGCUGCUACAGACAUGCUACGGGCCAUAGCCAUGAUGCCACUGCUGUUCCGCCGCGUCGACAACGUGGCGUCCCGUCCGCAGCAGCAGGAACCAGUGAUGGACGGCGGAAUUGCUCGUUCACGCCCAUGGGAAAUAUUGUCAGCAAUCCAUCGUUCAUACGACGCCGAAUCAAACGCUGGGUUCAACUUCGAGACGCAGGACUUAUGUACCCUACGCUUUGCCACAAACCGAGUCGUAUCCGAUUUACCUCCGCCAGACGGAGUCCUAUCCAAUCAUUACCGAGGCGUAUUCGAGACAGACAGAAGUCUAUCCCAGACCAAUCGUAUCCGAGCAGGACAGCGCACCCCUUGCAAGAUCUGAACCUAACAAGCCAUUGUCAUCCUUCGACCUGGCCAUCGACAGCAAGGACUUUGACUAUGGCAACCAAAGGACGGGCUACGCGGGCUACUAGAAUCUAUACAGAUCUCGUUGUUUAUAAGUUUAAGGAUAUACGCGUCCAUAUACUCGGAUAGUAGAUACAAAUGCUUUCCACUUGUUUAUUUAUUUAUAUUAAGCUAAGUUAUGAUGAAUAAAACUAUUGAAAAGUC